UGGUUUGGGAGACAGCUUGUAUUUUAAAUAACGAGCGCAGUUUGAACUCGACGGUAAAAACGAGCAAAGAGUGUCUGAAAUGGAUAAUAACUUACAAUGUAUUUGCCGAAUAGUGGUUUAAAUUCGCUUUAAGGAACUGUACUGUUUGUUGAUGUGUAAAUAAGGUAUAUCAUACAAGUUAGGUUUUAUAUAUUAUAUAAGUGUAUAUGGUUCUAGUAGUGGGACAUGGAUGUCAGUGACGGUGACACUAACAUGGUGUUCUUUGAUUUGGAGACUACAGGCUUUGGUUCCUCAUGUGACAUUGUCCAGCUUGCGGCCGUGGGCGGACAUCACACGUUAAACCUGUUCAUGGUUCCUCGAUGCAGAAUGGAUCCUGGUGCUUCCAGAAUUACUGGCUUCAGAGUGCGGAGACAUCGACUCUUUCUUCACCGCAGGCCAGUGCUCACCAUCUCUUUGAAGGAAGCCUUGGUUUCCUUCAUAACCUUUCUUCGUAUGUUUGGACAUCCGUUGCUGGUGGGUCACAACAUUCGCAGAUUUGAUUGCCUUGUGCUGACCAGAGUUUUGGAUGAGUUUGACUUGAAAGCAGCCUUUCAGGCUGAAAUUAUGGGCUUUGUGGACAGUCUCCCGUUGGCCCGGCAGCUUCUCAAGGACAGUGGUAUCAACAGCUUUAAGCAGGAAAACUUGGUUAAGAAUGUGCUUGGCAUUUCCUAUGUGGCUCAUGAUGCCUUGAGUGAUGUCCAGGCAUUACAAAAGGUUUACUGGGCUCUCAGACCCACAGCUAGUCAGAUUCAACAGCACAUGUUCAGCUUGGACUCAUUGUGUAACAAAGGUUUGAAGGACAGAAUAACUUGUCUGAACGUCAAAUCAGAAAGCAGCGGUAAACUCCCGCUGCAACAGUCAUCAAGUUGAAGUUUUUUUUUUUUUGUUAAAAUGGCACCUCUAGCACAAUAAGAUGUGUACCUUUUACAGUAUGUUACAGCUUUAUGGUGAAUCAGUUCAUUUUAAAUGCAUUAUCUCUUUAUUUUUUAAGAACAUUUUUUAAAUACCUUAUUUAUAUUAAAGUUUAUUUAACCACA